AUGGCGUAUUCUUCCAAGUACACCUCUCGUCCUCGGACGGACAUCUUUACCAGCGACACUGAUAUCAACCGCCGCAAACUCGGCCGUGUGGUGCCCAUGAAAGUCCUCAUUCUAGGCCUAGGACGCACCGGUACUGCUUCCAUGCGAGCCGCUAUGAAACAACUCGGCUAUGUAGACACAUACCACAUGAUGAACACCUCCAUCGAAAACCCUCCAGAUGCCCUCAUGUGGAUGGACGCUCUCUGCGCCAAAUACGACAAGCAAGGCAAGCCCUUCACCCGCGAAGACUGGGACCAGCUCCUCGGUACUUCGCAGGCCGUGUGCGACUGGCCAGCCAUCGCCUUCGCCAAAGAACUCAUCGAGGCCUAUCCCGAAGCAAAAGUCGUCUUGACCAACCGAGACGUCGACUCGUGGCACGCUUCAACCAUGAAGACGGUGUACUGGCGCGUGACGGACCAAGAGCUGCGCUGGCUCUCCAACUUUGACUGGGCGGCCAGCAUGUACUAUCCCAUGCUAAAGAAGUUCUUCGACACCUUCUUUGAGGGCGACUUUCCGAACCGUGGCAAAGACGUCUUCCGGAAGCACUAUGAAGAGGUCAGAAGCCUCGUGCCGAAAGAUCGCCUGCUGGAGUAUAGAGUCACCGAUGGAUGGGGGCCUCUCUGCGAGUUUUUGGGCGAGCCCAUUCCCAAGGGAUCUUCGUUCCCGAAUGUCAACGACAACUCAGACUUUGUAACCCGAUCUCGGCGUCGCAACCGUAACCAGAUGAAGAAUGUCGCAUUUCGAUACUUUGUCAACUUUAUCAUUUUUUUCGCCUUUCUGGUCAUGCUCUAUCGACUAGCAAUGACAUUGGGGCUUUUCUAA